AUGUAUGACCAAAACGGACAAGUCUUUAAAGAAGUCGUCGCACAGCGGCCCCCCGACACGUACCAGAAUGGCCGGGACUGGUCACGGCGGACCGGCCGGCAGCCACGAAGAGGUCGCGGCGGCCAAGGCAUGAAGGGUGCGAGGUCGCUCGCCGAUAUGGCGGUGCACACGAUAGCGGAGAAUAUCGGUGACGUGGAAGAACAGCAUCUCGCCCGUGAAGAUCUGCCGCGGCGGUACCUGUGGAGGAUAUGGCGACUCUUGGAGAAUAGAGGUGUAUGCUUCCAAGCCUGGAAAGUCUUUUCCAAAUUCCUCCUCGUCGGAGACGACGAAAAGACGCUGGGCCUAUAUCGCUACCGCCAACACAUAUGCCAGCCGAGCGGCGCGAGUCUCCGCCACUACCUCAAACCCCUCGAGUCGCCCAACGUGGACUUUGUGACGCACCUGACCAUCACGGGGUCCUGCUCCUUUGGCGAGAACGAACUGUUGGCGCUGCCUAGGCUCAAGAACCUCGCCAUUCUCGAAAUCAUCGAGCCGGCGUCGUCGGCGUCGGCCAUGAUGGACGAGCAACAAGCCCCCAGCUUCCCCAAGGUCGACGACCGCCUCGUCAGGAGCUGGUCCGAGAUGGACGAUCCCUUCCCGCUGCUUCGUAUUCUUCGUCUCUGGGGCGACGAGUCCGUCACGACGCACUCGCUCCGGUACGUGUCAAAGUUUCCCGCGCUGGCGCUGUACGACGUCAACGCCUCGAGGAGCGACUGGCGAGACGCCUGGGGCGCCGCGGAGGAGAAUGGCUGGGACGUUGACGAGCCGCUGCACGGCCCGCACGAUUCCCUGCUGUGGUACCUCCUACUCUUCGACGGCGCCGUCGAGGAAGGGGACAGCAAGGAUGGCAACAAGCCGAGACAGCUCCAGGGCAUGGCGCGCAACAUCGACGACGGGCUGAUGAAUUUCUGCCAGAGCAGCAACCAGCCCAUCACGAUCGACGUCUCCUCCUCGGGCGGCCAGGACGCGCCCCCGUUUCUCGACCACCUCAGCGACGCCGCCAAGAGGAACCUAUCCAUGUACGUCGACGUGCCGGGAUACGAGGCGCAAACCUGCAAGGGCUUCCCUUUUGAGACGUGGGGCUUCUGGCUGUACUCCUUCCUCGGCCAGCUCACGGGGGACGCGGACCUCAAGAGGGCGGGUCCGACCACGGGUACGUUACUCAAGGCGGUGUCGGAGCAGCUGGUGCUGCCCGCGAAGCCGCUCGCGUGUCUCCAACUAGGCCAUUGCGGAUCCGGCAGGCCGGGCAUCACCCCAGCCGUUUCGUAUGUGCGCCGGGGACUCUUCGCCACGUGCAGGUACACGUUCUUCAGGAGGUCGUCGGGGGCGACCAAGCAGGAGCCGGCACGGAAGCCGACGGAGUCGUUAAGGCCAAAGGUAGAACAUGGAAAGGUCGAGACGGGGCUGAACCCGAAUAGGAAGAAGAGGAGGAGGCUCGAUGAUAUUCUGCAGUCUUUCAUGGGUUCUUGA